AUGGGUAAAUGUUUCUCGCAGAUUCGAGGAACUGCUAAUUUUGGUGUUCGAAAGCAAGAUCAGUUUAGGCAUUCAGUUACCCAUACCCAAACUUAUCCUCAGUCUCAUGGAGCCUCACAUAGUUCAAGCCAUGUCCAGCCUCUUGCCACCCAUGCUACGCAGAGUACGCAAGGUGGCUUUAACGCCUCUCAGGAAGAAAUGACUUCAAUGUCACAGGGACCAGUGCUCGUCGCAUUAUACGGCUAUGAAUCACGUGCGGAUGGUGAUUUGAGUUUCAGAAAGGGAGAUAUCAUGUACUUGCUAGAUUCUAGUAAUUCUGAUUGGUGGUAUGUAUGCCAUGUAAAAGGAGGCACUGGUUAUGUUCCAAGAAAUUUUGUCGCGAAACAACAGACUGUGGAGAGUGAAGAAUGGUUUGCUGGACGUAUUGCGAGAAAUCGUGCUGAACGAUUAGUACUUGCAAAUAAUUUACCUAAAGGUACAUUUUUAAUCCGUGAAAGAGAGGCUGAGACUCGUGAGUACGCUCUGACAAUACGUGAUUCUGAUGAUCAACAUGGUGGUACCGUAAAGCAUUACAAGAUCAAAAGGCUUGAUGGAGAUGGCGGCUACUUUAUCACGACUAGGCGAACGUUCCCAACUCUUCGGGAUUUAGUUAGCUAUUAUUCCGAAGUCGCCGAUGGACUUUGCUGUCAGCUUUCAUUCCCUGCACCACGUAUUGCUCCCACUAGACCUGACCUUUCUCAUGACACUCAAAUUAAUUGGGAGAUACCUCGCAACCAGCUUCAGCUAAAAAGAAAACUUGGCGAUGGCAACUUUGGGGAAGUUUGGUACGGUAAAUGGAGGGGAAUGGUGGAAGUUGCUAUCAAAACGAUGAAACCUGGAACUAUGUCUCCUCAGGAUUUCCUUGGUGAAGCACAGAUUAUGAAACAGUGCGAUCAUCCAAAUCUCGUCAAGCUUUACGCUGUUUGCACAAAAGAAGAACCUUUUUAUAUUAUAACUGAGUAUAUGUGUAAUGGCUCUUUACUGCAUUAUUUGCGUCACGAGGGGCACUCGUUGACGUUGCAAGCUUUGGUCGAUAUGUGUGCUCAGAUUGCUAACGGGAUGAUGUAUUUGGAGGAACGUAAGUUAGUUCAUCGUGAUUUAGCUGCAAGAAAUGUUCUUGUUGGUGAGAAAAUAUCGGGAGUUCCUGUCGUUAAGGUUGCUGAUUUUGGCUUAGCACGUGCCCUUAUGGAUGAAGAUAUUUACGAAGCACGUACUGGAGCUAGGUUUCCAAUUAAAUGGACCGCUCCUGAGGCUGCCACAUGCGGUAAUUUCACAGUAAAGUCCGAUGUGUGGUCAUAUGGGAUCCUCCUUUAUGAGAUUGUUACUAGAGGACAAGUGCCAUACCCAGGAAUGAAUAACCGAGAUGUGAUACAGCAAGUUGAGAACGGAUACAGGAUGCCUCAAACGCGUGGUUGUCCAGAUCCUAUCUACGCAGUUAUGCUAAAGUGCUGGAACAGGCUUCCGGAAGAUAGGCCUACCUUCGAUCAUCUAUUCCACUUUUUCGAUGACUACUUCGUGAGUUCACAGCCCAACUAUGUGCCGCCAACAUGA